AUGACAACCCAAUCUCCUCGCUUCCUCCCUUCACUCUUGCUCCUCACAGUCACACUCUACAACCUCCGCACAACCGCCGCCGCAGUCAGAUCCUCCGCCGCUGCCAACCCCGACGCUGCCACUUUUAUCCGUACAAGCUGUAGGAGAACCCUCUACCCCGACCUCUGCGUCUCCUCUCUCUCUUCCUUUACGAAUACUAUCCAAAAUAACCAUGCUAUGCUCGCUCGCGCCGCCAUAACUGUUAGCCUCUCCAGGGCCCAGAGCAUGGCCUCCUACGUCUCGAACCUCCUCCGUCAAGCCAACAAGAACGCCGACUCCGGCACCGCCUCAGCCCUCCGUGACUGCUCUUACAGCCUCGGAGUCGCCGUUGAUAACAUCCGCGGCUCAUUCAAGCAGAUGCAACAGAUGACUGAUAAAAGCGCCGUUAACGGCGAGAAAUUCAGGUUCCAGAUGAGCAGCGUUCAGACGUGGAUGAGCACAGCGAUGACGGAGGAGCAGGCGUGCAGCGAGCGCUUCGACGCUUCACCGGACGGUAGGGUGAAGACGGAUGUGCGCCGUCAAGUGACGGAGGUGAAGAAGUUUAUCAGUAAUGCGCUCGCGCUGGUGCAAGGUUACGGGAAUAACGUGAGAAAACAUUAAGAUAUUUGCUGAUGCAGCCAAACUUUUUUUUGUAGCAGAAGAAAAAAGCUAUAUGCAGAGUUUUAAUUUGUUUGUUAAUUUGUUGUAUUAAGUUAGGAUAGAA